UUGAGCAGUGUAAGAUCGUAUUCAUCAGCUUGCGUUAUAUUCAUUACUACAGCAGGAAAGUAGAAUCCACGUCUGUUUGCUGUGCGCGUAUUUACGCAUUCAGAUCAUCGAUAACAGAAGCAGUUUGAAAUCGUCGUUUACUGUCCGAACUUGUUGAGGUUCUUGCAGAGAAGAGGAGCUAUGGAUUUGGCGUGUCUGGUGUGUUUAGCACUGAGCGUGGGUGCCUGGUUCGCCUCUGCGGAGAGACACAGCGUCUAUUGGAACAGCUCGAAUCCAAACUUCCUGUGGGAUGAGUACACUGUGGAAGUGCGUAUCAACGACUAUCUGGACAUCAUCUGCCCCCACUACACCCACGGUGAGGUGUCAUCGCAUGCAGCUGAGCGCUAUGUGCUGUACAUGGUGGAGAGGGAGGACUAUGAGGUGUGUAAACCUCACUCCUUUGACCAGCUCCGCUGGGAGUGCUCACGGCCGUUCGCUCCCCAUGCUCCUGAGAAAUUCUCUGAGAAGUUCCAGCGCUUCACUCCAUUCACCCUGGGAAAGGAGUUCAGACAGGGAGAGAGCUACUAUUAUAUCUCCAAGCCAAUGCAUCACCAUGGCCAGGAGUGUCUGAGACUGAGAGUGGAUGUGGUCGGGCAUAAAGGCUCUGGAAAAAGUCACCUAGACAAAUCCAAGGCAGAGGAGACAGGGAAAAGCUUAGAUGGAGGAAAAAUGAAGUUUCUUGCUGCCGGAGGAGUGCACAACCCCUCUAACCACCUCCCAGCAGAUGACCCUGCUGUGAUGGAGCCAAACGUCCAGAGGAGUAUCGGCAGCUCAGCAGUACAGCUGUAUUCCUUUCCACUCUUCUUUACCAUGAUCCCAGUCUUACUAGCCUUGAUGCUACACUAAGGCUGACCAUAACAGAGACAAUACUACCCUACCCGAUGCUGGUCGUUGGGACAAUGAACUCUGAGAGAAAAUUUUUUAUACAGAUUUUUUAUACAAGCAUGGACAGUGCUGUCAGCAGGAGUGUGUGUUUGAUGUGUUUGUUUGCGUGGAUGUGGAAUGUGGAUCAUUCCAAAGAAGAAGACCUCAAAGAUGUUUUUUCUUACUUCAUUACGUGGAUGGAUUUCUCAUUUUUGACCAUUUACGAUGCACAUUUUUUCAGUCGUGAACAAAACUGGAAGCAACCUGAUCAAAAAACUUUAUGAAUUAAUGUCCAAUUUAAAAUUACAAGACGAACAUAUUAUCCACAUUAUUAUGUUGUCAGAUUUUCAUACCAUUGGUACAAAUGUGCAUUGUAUUACUGAUCUCAAACCAUCAGUGUCAUUUUUUUCCUCUUCAUGUAGAGAAGUUAUUGUGUAUUGGAAAUGUUGUCACCUACUGCCAAACUGUUAUACAUUAUGUAGGAUUUUUGUCAUGUAGCACUCAGCUCCCUGUUAUAUCUCUGUAUGUCUCUGUUAAAGCACCACUGUGACAUUUACACCAAUACACAAGAUACACAAUCUUUUACUAAUCUAUUACAUGGUGUCAUGUAAGUGGUUGAUCAAGAGAACAAAACUGAUCAAACCAAAGACUAACGGGAGUGUCAGGGAGCUGAGCUUCUUCAGUACCUAUGGUUCUUCACUCUUUUCUGCUGUCUUGACGGUAUCAUGGUAUGGUACACUGGCUGAUGUUUGCAGAUGUGAUCCCACUUGCACAUUGUCAAGCCUCAAACUGAAGGGACUACCCACAAUAUAUUUACAGUUGUUUUUCUUGUAAAAUGUUCUUGUGUCAUUUUGCAAAUGUUUAUAUGUAAAUUUGUACAUAGAAAAAAAAACUAUGAGAAGCUGUUUUAAGGUGUUAAAAAUCUUUAGUGAAAUAAAAAAAAAAUUGUGAUGUAA